AUGGCGCAGCCAACUACUGCAGAGCUAAACAGCGCGUCGACGCCUGUGAGCGACGGGAAUCGUCAUGUCGCCCUUUCUGGCAAGCGGAAACGUGAUAGCAAAGAAGAAAGCCUGGAGGAAGUGACGGGGAGCGAAGAGGCAAAGCAGACAGCACCCCGCCGAUGGGCUGCUGGGGAUCAGCGGGAUCUCAUCAGGAAUUAUUUCUCCGUUUUGCAGAGCAUUGACGUCGAGCCUCCGAUUCUGAAUCGGCCCGUAGAAAGCUCCCAGCCUGAAGAUGAACCUGAAACGAAGCGACAAAAAUCAUCAGAAUUGGCGUCUCGGAAGUCGGUAUCGGACAAAGUUGCCACCAAUGAAUACACGCACCUGCAGCAAAUCUUCACGGAUGCUACAUAUGCUGCUGAUGCUGCGCUGUCCGAGGCCAUGUCUAGGGACCCGGACGGCUCGGGCAGCAUGGCGAAUGCAAAGGCUGCUGCUCGCAUCACCGAGUUCAGGGAACAGGCCAUCGCUCUCUUCGAACGCGAGAAGGCAUACCCAGGGACUCCUGCUGCCCAAGUGCUGGACGGUGGCGGCGAAGCCAGCGCAGCCUCGAGCAAAAGCCAGGCAAUCCUGUCCGUUGUCGGCUACGCUCCGCAGGAGAAACGAUUGUUUUCCAGCCUUCCCCUGUCGCAGAACAUGGAACUGCCAGAUCUGACUCUUCCACAAGGUGUCACGUUCUCUCGAGUGGUUCCGAGCAACGCGCAAGAGCGGACGCAGACGCUUGGCGAGCUGUUCAGCGCUCCACGGCCGCUGCCUCCACUGCAACCGCCAAAACAACCCAAGACUCAAGCCAAGGGCAACACGCUGGACUUUUACCACCCCGAGUUGGCCGACGCAGCCAGGUAUCGCGGAAACUGCUAUUUCAACACCAAGCUUACGGUUGGACACUACCUCGACUACAGCAACGCGACACCUCCGCAUCAGACGAAAACGAAGCAGCGCGAGAGAGCCCAGAGCCUCGCCGGGAAGAAGCCAUCCACCUCCGAGCUGGAGGUUUCGGAAAUGGAGUCCCUGUUCCGCGGAGCCUUCUCUAGCUUUGCCCCUUGCAAGGAUGAUUCAGCGGCCCUCAUCUCUUCGGGUACUGCUGGUCGAAUGUGGUGGCAAAGGAGCGGCUCCCGAACCUUUCAAAAGAUGAUUGAGGUGGAGUAUUACAGAGACGUUCCCGACGUGCACGCCUUCAACCGCAAAACCAACGCCGAGGAACUGGACGAAGCUGGAGUUCAGGAAGCCAUUGACAACUGGGACGACACUGCCGUCGACCCUUCCCUGGAGGACGUCAUGGGCUCCAAGCGAGACGACGGUGAAAAGGAGGUCGACGGCAUUCUAGAAGAAGUCAGCGACAUGAUUGAAACAUUGGCGUCGUACCAGCGAAUACGCAACCUGACGCUACCAAACUCUCAGAACCGCCAGUCGAGCGACCCCGUUACUGGAGACAUGCUCGCCAAUUCUGGCCCGCAGCCUUCCGAGGAAGAGCAAGCCACAUACGAGAUGCUCAAGUCGCAACUAGCCCUGAUCAUCAAGACAUUGCCACCAUAUGCAGUUGCUAAACUGAACGGAGAUCAACUAGACGACCUGCUAAUCAGCACCAAGAUUCAGGUCCGGACCGACGAGUACCGUGGUGUCAUGGAGGAAGAUGACGCUGGUGUACAGGCUCGCAUGAUGGCUCAUCAUCAUCAUCAGCAGCAGCAGCAACAGCAACAGCAACAGCAACAGCAACAGCAACAGCUUACGGCCGCGCAAGCCGCACAGAGCAACGUCGCCCGCCCACUUUCGCAACAGCGCUCCGCCAGCAUGUCCACUCCCUAUGCAAACCAGUUCCCGCAACAAGCCGCAAAUCAGUACGCCACGCCAUCGAGAACUCCGUCUCAUCCCCAGCAGUAUUUCCGACCGAUGGCGAAUCCCAACUUCCAGACACCCCGAAGCGUAGGCAGCCCGGCUCAGCAAGCCAGACCGCCGCAGCCGAACCAGUACACUCGACCAAAUGGAUAUCCCAACCAGUACGCCGCGCAGCUGGCCAAGUCCCAAACGCCAUAUGGGCAUCAAAACAUGCCCCAGUUCGCAAAUCAGCAGCGACCCCAAUAUGGGCAACUACAGCAGCCCGGCGCACCCAACGCUACACGAUUCAACUAUCACCAAGCUUACCAGCAACAACCCGGAACACCUGCUACUCCCGGCCAGCCAAACUAUCCCGCCUACGCAAACGGCGGCGGCGGCGGCGGUGGUAUUCCCCCUAGGAAUAUGUCACCCCAGCUUCCCUCUCGAAAUGCGGCGUACAAUCACACGCCGAACAUGCCGCAACAGGCUCAGCGAUAUGGAACACCGGGCCAGGGCACGGCGCAGAUGAACAGACAGCUAAACAGCCCUGCGCAGUACAGUCAGUCACCCGGCUUAACCGGAUAUCAUACCGUCAUUCCCGAGGCGCAACAACAGCGGAUUCUGGACCAGGCCAAGGCCCGAGUGGCUGCGCAGGAACGGCCAAGCAUGCUCGGCGACAAGCUGUCUCAGCCUGGCUUCGCCGGCAUUGGUAUGGGUUACGGGGCCAACACGGACGCGAACAGGAUCGCAGCAGCUCGCGCCAACCUCGUGAACCAGCCGAAGCCGCAAACCCCAAUUCAGCGACAAGGCGUGAAUGGAACUCCUACUCAAGCGUCCCAGUAUGUACCGCCCUCAAAGGUGACUCCUGUUCCGGUGCCACCUAUUCCCGGUGCUGGAUCAUCGCAGCAGCAGCAGCAGACCACCCAAGCGCAACAACCCACUGUACCGAAACCAGAAUCAUGA